ACGAACCCCUCACGGUGAGGAACGUGCCCAUCAAUGUUCACCUUGACCUCACCUUUUCUUAUACCUCAUUCUCACCUUCCACCACCACACCACCCUUCGUGGUACGUACAACACAGCACAGCAAUACCUCAUCACCUUCGACCCUCCAAGUCCAUUCUUUUGAUCCAAGCUUUCUUUUCCUGGGAAAAUAAUCAACAUGUCCCUCACCCUCGCUCCAACAACGAAAUCGCGGGCUCUUUUUACCAAAUUGUACCCCAACUACCGUACACUCGCCGAGAACACCUCUUUGACUAGGAAGUUCUCCAUCUCCAUCCAAACCUCCAAACGAUCAACAACAACAACACCAAAACCCGCCACCAUCACCACCACGCAUUAUCAUCUUCAGCAAACACAGCAACAAAAACAGCGCAGCCCGUCACUGCAACAACAACAAUAUCGCAACAUGUCGUCUUCGCCUUCGGAAACGAAGCCGCAAUUCUCAGAUGGUUCCGACCCAGCGGUUCUUGGUCCGGCACUUGAGAAGCUUUUGUCCACCGGUGGUGGUAGGUGGACGCUUACACAGCAGGGGGUCGCUAUCGAGAGGACUUUCAAGUUCAAGACCUUUGCAAAGACCUGGGACUUUAUGACCGCCGUCUCCCUGCAAUGCAAGCUCAAGAACCACCAUCCCGAAUGGUCCAAUGUCUUCAACACAACCUUCAUUCGCUGGACGACCCACGCCCCCAAGGGUCUCUCAUCCAUGGACAUCGAGCUAGCCACUAUCUGCGACUCCUUGGCCAAAGACUUUGGCGAGACUGAACCAGACGCUGGCGCCAGCUGCGCCAUGCCCAACUUGACCGACAGGGCCGUGGCUUCUUCUGGGGAUUGCUGCACGCCUAAGCACUUUAAGAAGUGAAGUGAUUGAUGACAAAA